UUAGUGGUGUGCUAUUAGCACUAUUAAAUGUCGAUUCUGCAUUAACAAAUUUGAUUGCAAUGCCAAAGUGUCUCGAACAGCGUGAGCGUGUAAUUAUUCUUUUAUAUUUUUCUUUUUUUUCAACUACAGUUCUAAAUGUUUUGUAGUGUAAUGCACCUUUGGUUAAAAGGAGUACCAUGUCAUUCAUUGUUGAUUUUUAUUUUGAUUAUUUUGCUAUGUGUAAUGGUAUUCUGGUAUUAUCUGUUUCUUCGUGUUUUAUCUAUUUUAUUGGUUCGAAAAUAAAGAUAAAUGAUUUAUCAAUGAACAAGGCGAAGAUAAGGCCCUCGAUGGAGUGCUCGUUUUUAAUUAGAGUGUUUAUCCCGACACUAUUCAACAUCUAACUGAUUAUUGAAACACUUCUGAAAAUAAAAUAAGUAAGGAAAUGUAUAACGAACAAAAACUUUAGAGGUGCAGGCAGAUAGUAACAAAAGAGCACGAAAAAAAAUAGGAUUAGAUUAUCUUUCCAAAUGACAGGUGUUGGUUCACAUAUGAUUGCCAAUACUCAUUUUCAAUUGUGUCGACUUUUUAGUCUUUUUGAAUGCCAUUGUAAAUUGGAAUUUCAUCAUGUAGGCCUACCAUAAUAACAAUGUGAUAGCCUGCGUAAUAGUUGGUAGUAGGCCUACCCAAUGCCAGCAUCCUUGACGAAAUCUUGUCAUUAAAAAUAUUUGAACAGUGUCAUUCAAGUGGGAAUUUGGAGUUGAAUCUCGCAUGCAGGACUCCACCCGAGAGCACUUUUCUGUGGCAAUUAGGAGCCUAUUACAAGUCAUUAGAUUGAUCAAUGUACCUUAAACAAUGAGAAUGAUUUAUUUGGUAGAACAAAACGCUGUGCAUCUAUUGUGGUGAGGCUAAGUGACGGUGCAUCCAUCAAGGCGUUCAACGACAAAAGAUAAAUGAUUAAUCCAAACCUAUUAAUUUAAACUCUUGAUACAAAAGGCCUUUGACUUGCUUCAAAUCUAGAUUAUUAGAGGCUCGUUUUCUGCAUGUUAAACGACUCAGGGUGCUGGAUUAGACCAAGUUUUCGUGUUGGUCCCUGCAGGGAUUCAUUUGCUUUGGCUUUGAGGAAAGUUUAUUUGUGAACAAUUAACUAAUCGGUGUAAUCUCAUGGUCGAGAGUGGUGGAGGUCCACAGGCCUACACCUGUUUCUGUCUAAGAGGGGAAAUAAUUUAGGGGCAAUGAUGUCAUGCUUCAAUUCUAAGUAGUUUUAUAUGUUAAUUGAUAUCAUUAUCUGAAAACAGGUGUAUGAUAGUCUAUUAAAUCCGACAGAAAUGUUCAAUCAAGUAGGCCUAGCCUACAAGCUUGUUUGGGUCAUGGUGAUUGGUAGCCUCUAAGAUAGAAAACUAUAUUUUCUCAUUAACUCGCGUUUUUAUUAUAUUGUAAAAACUAUAACAUAUCUCUUUUUAUAAGAUUUGUAGACUAACGCACGAGAUCAUCGACGUGAGUCUAUUUUGCGUAUGCAAAGACUUGCAUGCCAUGCUGUUUUCCAUUAAUUGUCAAUGUACAGAAUUCAACCUGUUCCUCAGCCGUGUCUGCCCGGCUCUUGCACAGUAAGUAUUGUUGGACACCUUUUACAUUUUGCAUCCGAUGUUUGUAAUUUUUCUGGUUGUCAAGGGAGUAAAAAAAAAACAUAUGCGGGAAGACUUGUAUUCACUAUAUAAUGGUGCAUAACAGGAAGAUAUAGAAUUAAAUUCCUGUUCAGUAUGAAAUAUAAUUUUAUUGGGGAGAGAGAUAAACCGGAGCGACAAAUCCAGUCUGUUGCAAGGAGUAGCCUAGAAGAUUCACCUUCAGGGGCGGAAUGGAACCAGAAAUCGGCCCUGACAUGUCAAACACACCAGCCCAUUUUUUUUCCUUGAGGUCCCCACAAAAUGGACUAGCACAUCUGGCAUUUGCCCAAAAUGCCAGAUGGCCGCUCUGCCCCUGUUCGCCUUGUUAAAGGCACUAUAAUCCCACAGCUGCUUACUUGCACUGAUUUAACCCUCCCUGAUAAGAGGUGCAGCCUAACCAGCACUCCCUGCCACUGUCAUAUUGUGUGUGAGGGACUGUCAUUUUGCUUACAUGCCUGACACUUGCAUAGGCACCUGUAAUAACUCCUAUAGUUACCGAUAUUGGCUUGUACAUAUGUUGUCUAUGUUCUGUGGUGAAGCUUGGCUCAGCUCACAAGUACAGUAGGCCUAACAUUAACAAGUGUCUGCUAAAUUUAGAAACAUGGGUCAGCUACCAGUGUCAUCUUUCAUUUCGACCAGACGCAUGUCCUAGUUUGAGAGUGAGGCGUUAGCCAGUAGUGUGAGUGAGGUCGACUGAACUUGCUGUUAGCUAGACCGCUAUUAGCUUCUUCUCUAGAGCUUACAUUACCAGCAAUACAUGUUGUUUUUUUCACUCUAAGUUGUGAGUAGAUUUAGUAGGCAGUGAAAACUGAAGAAAAGGACAUGGCUCCCAAGAAGCAGAAGGGAGGUGAUGGACAGCAGCCACCACCACUGAUUGGACGGUUUGGGACUUCUUUGAAAAUAGGAAUCGUCGGAUUGCCCAAUGUAGGGAAGUCAACCUUUUUCAACGUACUGACAAAGAGUCAAGCUGCAGCUGAGAAUUUCCCCUUCUGCACCAUUGACCCAAAUGAAAGCAGAGUGCCCAUUCCAGAUGAACGCUACGAUUUCCUGUGCCAAUUCCACAAGCCCGUCAGCAAGGUGCCAGCCUUUCUGAAUGUGGUGGACAUAGCAGGACUGGUGAAGGGAGCUCAUGCUGGCCAGGGCCUGGGCAACGCCUUCCUCUCCCACAUCAGUGCCUGCGAUGGCAUCUUCCACAUGACACGUGCGUUUGAGGAUGAGGACAUUGUCCACGUGGAGGGGAACGUGGACCCAGUGAGGGACAUUGAGAUCAUCCAUGAGGAGCUGAGGCUGAAGGAUGAGGAGAUGAUCGGGCCCAUUAUGGAGAAGCUGGAGAAGGUGGCCGUGAGGGGAAGCGACAAGAAACUCAAACCUGAAUACGACGUAAUGCUCAAAAUCAAGAACUGGGUAGUGGAUGAAAAGAAACAUGUCCGCUACUGUCGCGAUUGGACUGAGAAGGAGAUCGAAGUGUUGAACAAAUACUUGUUUUUGACAUCCAAGCCAAUGAUUUACCUCAUUAACCUCUCAGAGAAAGACUACAUCAGAAGAAAGAACAAAUGGUUGGUGAAAAUCAAGGAGUGGGUGGACAGUCACGACCCCGGGGCGCUGGUCAUCCCCUUCAGCGGAGGAGUGGAGAGUGUCCUGCAGGACAUGAGUGAAGAGGAGAUUCAGAAGUACUGCACCGAGCACAAGGCUCAGAGCGUUCUGACAAGGAUCAUCAAGGCUGGCUAUGGAGCCCUACAGUUGGAGUACUUCUUCACAGCUGGACCAGACGAGGUCCGUGCGUGGACCAUCCGGAAAGGAACCAAGGCUCCACAGGCAGCCGGCAAGAUCCACACGGACUUUGAGAAGGGCUUCAUUAUGGCUGAAGUAAUGAAAUUUGAGGAUUUUAAAGAGGGAGGCAGUGAGAACGCUGUCAAGGCAGCCGGGAAAUACAGACAACAGGGAAAAACCUACGUUGUGGAGGACGGAGACGUCAUCUUUUUCAAAUUCAACACGCCGAACCAGCCCAAGACUAAGAAGUGACUCAGUCACAGUCUGUUGGCUACCAGAAUGGACUGUGCAGUUAGAUAAUUCGUCUUCUUUGUUUUAGACAGAAUGAAGCUGGAGAUUGUGAUUGAUACCUGCCAGGUCGGCUCAGUCCUACCUACUGCCCACUCUGCCACAUUAUCCCUGUUUGUUUUUGGUUCAGGAGAAUUCCAUACAGUCCCCCUUGCCAAAGAACAGGUCCACUAAACGUUGACAGCUUUUGGUAGGAGCAUUUGAAGAAGCGUAUUACUCUCUUGAUACUUCAUUAAUCUCCAUCACUGGUGCCAGGCCUGACACAGCUGACAGCAGGGACAAUGCGACCUGCUCCUCUCCCCCUUCCAGAGAUAAUGCAUGUUUUACAGUAGCCCAGAUGUCUAUACUCAAUAAAACAUUUGACAAAAACCA